CGGGGGCGGGGCCUCCGAGCCAGUCGAGCGCUGACGCUCUCUUCCGUUCUGCUGGCAGCUUGCAGGAGUCAAGAUGAAGCUGCUGCUGCUGCUUGCCUUUGUAGGGGUCUUCUCUUCCGUCCACUGUGAGGAAGGGGCCAGGCUUCUGGCCUCCAAGGCUCUUCUGAACAGAUACGCCGUCGAGGGCCGAGAUCUCACUUUGCAGUACAACAUCUACAAUGUUGGCUCCAGCGCUGCCUUAGAUGUUGAAUUGUCGGACGACUCCUUCCCUCCAGAAGAUUUUGGUAUUGUCUCCGGGAUGCUCAACGUGAAAUGGGACAGGAUUGCACCGGCCAGCAACGUGUCCCACACUGUGGUCCUCAGGCCGCUGAAGGCCGGAUACUUCAACUUCACGUCGGCCACAAUCACCUACCUGGUGCAGGAGGGAGGACAGGUGGUGGUCGGCUUCACCAGUGCCCCAGGGCAAGGCGGGAUCCUGGCUCAGCGGGAGUUCGACAGGCGGUUUUCCCCACACUUCCUGGACUGGGCCGCCUUUGGCGUCAUGACGCUGCCCUCCAUCGGCAUCCCGCUCCUGCUGUGGUACUCGAGCAAGAGGAAGUACGACACCCCCAAGAACAAGAAGAACUGAGUUGCCCUUCGGAUUGGACGCUUCCCUCUUCCAGGGAGGUCGUCAGAAGACGGAGAAUUGAGGGGGGUUCUUCUUUGGCAACGGAGAACUUUUUCUCAAGUUUGAAGGGGUGCAAGGGGGGGGAGGAUUUUUUCCUCUGGGCCAGCCCCCCUCCCCCAAUGUCUUCUCCUUUUGAGACCCUGCGUUCCUCGGUCAAAAAAAAAAAAAGGAUUGUGCAAGGAAGAUUCAAGGAAGGUAGAUGAAGCAUCAGAGCCAUAAAGAGGUUGAAACAUCCUCUUUAUGCUUCCUAUCCACCCCAAAAGGAUCCCUCCGAUCUGCAUUGGCAGAUUAUUUUUUUAAAAAGAAAAAUAAAUCUUAAAACUCUC